UCUCCAUUUCCCAUCGACCCAGCUUCAAAUACGGCAGAGAAGCUCCAAGAUGGCGCAAGCAAUUUUCGAGGCGUUGGCAGGAAUAGACAACCAGACGGUGUUGGCCGUGCAGUCGCUGCUCGACAGUCAGGGGGCCGUGUCGGACCCGGGGACGCAGGGAGUGACCCCCAGCAUCCAGCCGGCUCUGGAUGAGGAAGACGUCUUUCUCUGCGGAAGAUGCAAGAAACAGUUCAACUCGCUGCCGACCUUCGUCUCCCACAAGCGGGACCAGUGCCAGGGGAACGUCCCCUCCCUUUCCUCGGUCUCCCUCGCCCCCAGCAACCCCUUCACCUCGGUCCCAGCCAUGGCCGCCGGACCUCCCCAGCCAAUCAGCCGCCAGCAAGUUCCAACCUACAUCACGGUGCCUCACUCCCCGCUCACCCAGGCGCUGGUGCAGGGGAACAUCGUGGUGAGCGACGAUGUCCUGAUGUCCGCCAUGUCGGCCUUCACCUCCCUGGACCAACCUAUGGGGGCCCUGCCGCUACCCACACAGAGCAGCCACAACAUGCACCCGGGCAGCUCCUACAUCCCUCCUCCUCCUCCCCCUCCGCCUCCCCCUCCCCAGCCAGCUCCCGGCUCGAUGACACCGCCAGUGCAGCCCAGCUCCAACAGCAGUGCGAUCGUCCAGGUCUACAGUGCGCUGGCCCCGAUGGCCGGGGCUUCCUCCGACGGACCGCCGCUGGCAAUGCCGCACUUCCAGGUUCCCAGCCAGUGUGUGGAGAGCUCGCCGUUCACCACGCCUCCUGUCUACAGUCCAGGGAAGCAAGGCUUCAAAACCAAGACCAGCAGCAUCAUUGCCACGCCAGCCCUCAACCCCGCCUCCAACCACCUCUCCACGUUCCAGAGCGAGGCAGCCAAGAGCAGGCUUCCCAAAGACCCCAUCGGCAGCCAGGAAGGUAAAGGGAAGCUGCAAAAGCUAAAGUGCAACUAUUGCGACAAGAUGUUUGCCAAGAACUUUGACCUCCAGCAGCAUAUCAGAAGCCACACCGGCGAGAAGCCAUUCCAGUGCAUUGUGUGUGGACGGGCCUUCGCCCAGAAAUCCAACGUCAAGAAGCACAUGCAGACGCACAAGGUGUGGCCAGCGGGAAACUCCCGCACCACUGUCUCCAUGCAGGUGGUGGCGGUCAGUCCGGACAGCAAGAGGACUCCGGGAGAGAGCGAGGCCGCGGAAUUAUCGGAGAAUGCCGAGCACAUUCCGCACCAGAACCCAGACGUCCCCCCGGCUGACGGGAGCCAGGAGGCGCGGCAGAUGCUGGUGAUUGACAGCUCGUACCAGUGCCAGUUCUGCCCCAGUAAAUUCGUCACUUACUUCCAGCUCAAGUCGCACAUGAUCCAGCACAAGAACCAGCAGGUGUACAAGUGUGUGGUGAAGAAUUGCACCCAGACUUUUGUGAAACUGGAGGAGUUUGUCGAACACAUCAAGAAUCACGAUGAUGAAAUAACAUAUCGCUGUCACCUCUGCAACAAGAUCUUCCCGUCACUGUACGAGCUCGGAGUUCACCAGUAUUCCCACAGCUUGUAUCCACAGCAGGUUCCCAAGAAAGGCCCCACAUUUUACAGGUGUUCGAGGUGUUUGAGUAAAUACUCCACGCCUGAGGCCCUGGAACAUCACCUACAGACCGCAACCCACAACUACCCCUGUCCGCACUGCCAGAAGGUAUUCCCAAGCGAGAGGUACUUGAGGAGGCAUCUCCCAGUACAUGGUGGAGGGGGAGUCUUCAAGUGCCAGAUCUGUAAAAAGUCGUUCAAAACCGAGCACUAUCUCAAACUUCACCUGCUCAUUCAUUCCGGUGAAAAACCAUUUAAAUGCUCGCUGUGUUCAGCAGCUUUCAACCGCAAAGAUAAAGUCAAGAGGCACAUGCUGACCCAUGACCCCGUCAAGAAAUUCAAGUGCCCUUUCAGGGUGCAUUCGGGUUGUACGAAAGAAUUCAACAGGCCCGAUAAACUCAAGGCUCAUAUAAUUGCACACUCAGGUAUAAAGCCCUACAAGUGCCAGUACUGCAGCAAGAGCUUCAGCCGCCGGGCGCACAUGCUGGAACACCAGCACUCACACACAGACACCUACACCAUCCGGUGCGGACCCUGCGGCAAGGGCUUCACCCGGGAGAAGUACCUCCGGCAGCACCGGUGCGGGGGGUUCCCCGGCCGACCCGAGGAGCGGCAGGUCAGGAAGCGACGCGGAGCGCCCCGCCGGGCUCCCAACCGGACCAAGAAGGUCCCCGCCGGCAGCCAGUCCACACCGGGGGCGCAGAGGGUGGAGGACGGGUGCCCGCCCCCCGAGGAGGCUGAGGCACAGGAGGAUCCCGUCAUCGUCCUGUCUGAGCCCGAGGAAGCAAGCGGCAACCCCGUCUCGACUGGGACAAGUCUGGCCGUGGCUUCAGCGGACAGUGGCAGCCUGGCGGAUCUGCCAAGCAGUCAAAGCGUCACCUUGCGGGAGGUCCCUGUUUAUAUCCAGAGCCCAGAAUGACCUUGGACUUCCCCACAACGAACAGACUUUAUAUAUUUAAAAAAAAGAGGAGAUAUCAGUGAGGUAUCAGGAGAACCAGUAUAACAUCCCACCUUAGUGUGGUCUUGGCACCUUUACAGACCAUGGAGCUGAUUUAUUAUCCACGGACCAAACCACAGGGCGAUUGAGCCACAAAUAAAAGACAAUUUUCUAUAAAACUAAAAUGAAAGCAAUUUUCUCUCCAAUCACUGUCAGCUGGAAGUUCUGUAGCCGUACACUGCUGGUGAGAGUUGGUCAGGAGUGUUGAUGCAUCUUCAUGGGAUCUGGCAGAGGAAGCUGACAUACAUGUGGUUCACGAUCAUUGGAAAGUCCCCAGCCUUUAAACUGCACUCAUUUAAAAACGAUGGAGCCUUCUUAAGAGGCUCUUAGAUAAGCACAUGAAUAUGCAGAGAACGGAGGGAUAUGGACCUUUCGUAGGCAGAGGGGAUUAGUUUAGUUAGGCAUUUAAUUACCAGUUUAAUUAGUUUGGCAUAAUACAGUGGGCCGUAGGCCCUGUUCCUGUGCUGUACUUUUCUAUGUUCCAUUUGAUCAGCAGGAAGUGGUAGAGCUAAUUAGCAUGAAAAUCCAGUGCAAGGUGUUGUUAAUGCUGAGAGGCUGUGUUUAAUGCCCCAUGUGAAGGAGCAGCACUCUCUCAUUCAGCAUGUCAGGUCAAAGACCCUUCAUCCGAAAGGGUCUUCGACCUGAUGCAUUGCCCCUAUUUCUCUCUCAACAGACACGGCCUGACCUUCUGAGUGUUUCUAGUAUUUCCUGUUUUUAUUUUAGGUUUUCAACACUUGCAGGUUUUUGAGUGAAUUUUUAAUUCCCUCAGUCAACCCCCAUUUCUGUGGUCAGGUCUCAGGAGUGGGAUUUGAACCCACAACCCCCUGGCUCAUGGGACUGGAAUUGUGGAGAGAUUUGAUCACACACACACGUUACUGUUCAAAGUGAAGUGCUGCUGGGCUUGGAGCCAGGGGAAGGCAGCACGGGGGAGGGGAAGGUGAUGGGAGGAUGG